GCCUGGACGCCGCCCCCGGCCUGGUCUCCACUCCUCCGCCACACCUCUCAUGACAGCUCCCGCUCGAAGAUGGCUGCGAAGGGCGCGCACGGCUCCCACCUGAAGGUGGAGAGCGAGAUGGAGCGCUGCCGCGCCGAGGGCCACUGGGACCGCAUGUUCGAGCUGGUCCGGCAUCUGCAGACGCUGGGCAUUUCCGGCGGCGGCAGUAGCAACCGGCGAAGCAGCCCGAGCGGCAGGUUCAUCGCUCUGGACACCGAUGACUUCGGGAAAUUGCUGCUAGCGGAGGCCCUCCUGGAGCAGUGCUUGAAGGAUAACCACGACAAAAUAAAAGACUCCAUCCCUUUGCUGGAGAAGAAUGAGCACAGGCUAAAUGAAGCCAAAGAUCACCUGAGUAGCAUCCUGAACAAUGGGAAGCUACCACCACAGUACAUGUGUGAGGCCAUGCUGAUCCUGGGCAAGCUGCAUUUUGUGGAGGGCUCGUACCGGGAUGCCAUCAGCAUGUAUGCACGGGCCAGGAUUGAUGACAUACCCCUGGAGAACAAGCCCCUGUAUCAAAUGCGGCUGCUGGCAGAGGCUUUUGUCAUCAAAGGCCUCUCCCUGGAACGCCUGCCCAACUCCAUCGCCUCCCACAUCCGCCUGACUGAGCGGGAGGAGGAAGUGGUUGCCUGUUUUGAGAGGGCCUCCUGGGUGGCUCAGGUAUUCCUGCAAGAGCUGGAGAAGGCCUCAAACAACAGUGCAUCGAGGCACCUAAAAGGCAGCCCCUCAGCUGACUACGAACUCACUUACUUCUUGGAAGCUGCCCUCCAGAGUGCAUAUGUGAAGAACCUGAAGAAAGGGAACAUUGUGAAAGGCAUGAGGGAACUCCGGGACAUUCUAAGGACUGUGGAGACCAAAGCAACGCAGAACUUCAAAGUGAUGGCUGCCAAGCACCUGGCAGGGGUCCUGCUGCACUCUCUGAGUGAGGAUUGCUACUGGAGCCCCUUGUCCCACCCCCUGCCUGAGUUCAUGAGCAAGGAGGAGAGUUCCUUUGUCACCCAGACCCUUCGGAAACCACACCUCUACGAAGGAGACAACCUCUACUGCCCAAAAGACAACAUAGAGGAGGCGCUCCUGCUGCUGCUCAUCAGUGAGUCCAUGGCGACUCGGGACGUGGUGCUGAGUCGGGCACCAGAGCAGGAGAAGGACCGGAAAGUGAGCUUGCAGAAUGCUUCGGCCAUCUAUGACCUCCUGAGCAUCACACUGGGCAGGCGGGGCCAGUACGUCAUGCUUUCGGAGUGCCUAGAGCGAGCCAUGAAGUAUGCAUUUGCAGAAUUUCACCUUUGGUACCAAGUGGCCCUCUCCAUGGUAGCUUGUGGGAAGUCAGCCUACGCUGUGUCGCUGCUACGUGAGUGCAUGAAGUUACAGCCCUCGGACCCCACCGUGCCCCUGAUGGCUGCCAAGGUCUGCAUUGGGUCCCUGCACUGGCUGGAAGAGGCCGAACACUUUGCCAUGGUGGUGAUCAACCUUGGGGAGGAAGCAGGAGAGUUCCUGCCUAAAGGCUACCUGGCCCUGGGUCUCGCCUACAGCCUGCAGGCCACUGAUGCCACCCUGAAGUCCAAGCAAGAUGAAUUGCACCGCAAGGCACUGCAAACACUUGAGCGAGCCCAGGAACUGGCACCGGGUGACCCCCAGAUUAUCUUCUAUGUCUCCCUGCAGCUUGCCCUCGUCCGACAGAUCUCCAGCGCCAUAGAGCAUCUUCAGGAGUCCCUGACCAUGUGCAGGGAUGAUGCCAAUGCCCUCCACUUGCUAGCGCUGCUUUUCUCGGCCCAGAAGCAUAACCAGCACGCCCUGGAUGUCAUCAAUAUGGCCAUCGCCGAGUACCCUGAGAAUUUCAACCUGAUGUUCACCAAGGUGAAACUGGAGCAGGUGCUGAAGGGUCCAGAGGAAGCCCUUGUGACCUGCAGGCAAAUGCUGAGACUGUGGCAGACCCUCUACAACUUCUCUCAGCUGGGUGGCCUGGAAAGGGAUGGUAGCUUUGAAGGCCUCACAGUGAAGAAACAGAAUGGCAUUCACCUGACCCUGCCAGAUGCUCAUGACGCAGACUCCGCAGGCUCUCGGAGGGCAUCAUCUAUCGCAGCCUCAAGGCUGGAGGAGGCCAUGUCGGAACUGACCAUAACAACCUCAGUCCUAAAGCAGGGCCCCAUGCAGCUGUGGACCACGCUGGAACAAAUCUGGCUCCAGGCUGCUGAGCUGUUCAUGGAACAGAGACACCUCAAGGAAGCAGGCUUCUGCAUCCAGGAGGCUUCUGGCCUCUUCCCCACCUCUCACUCGGUGCUCUACAUGCGAGGCCGGCUGGCUGAGGUGAAGGGCAACUUAGAAGAGGCUACGCAGCUGUACAAGGAGGCGCUCACCGUGAACCCAGAUGGCGUGUGCAUCAUGCACAGCUUGGGUCUGAUGCUGAGUCAAUUGGGCCACAAGAGCCUGGCCCAGAAGGUGCUUCGGGAUGCUGUGGAGAGACAGAGCACCUGCCAUGAAGCAUGGCAGGGCCUGGGACAGGUGCUGCAGGACCAAGGCCAGAAUGAGGCUGCCGUCGACUGCUUUCUCACUGCCCUGGAGCUGGAGGCCAGCAGCCCUGUGCUCCCCUUCUCCAUCAUCCCCAGAGAGCUGUGAGCACAGCAGGCGUAGGCAGGAGGCAGGGGCGGACAGCUGCACUCAGGGGUGGGGCCUCAGGGAAUAGAUGAUCAGUGAACACUUCCACGGGCCGUGAUGCCAGUUCUCCAUCCCACCCCCACCCCCACCUCCUUUGGGGCCAGCUAGGCCUGAGAUCCCAUCUAAAGCUGGGUGGACAAGAUUUGCAUCCAAAGCAAAUGCCUUGCUCCCUGGGGGCUGACACUGGUGUUGCUGUGCACGGGGCCCUUUAGAGAAAAGGUGUGUUUGGACCCAAGCCCUACCUUCACCUUUCCGGACCCGCCCCCCACCAUCACCACAUUUCCUUGUUUCAUAUGGACCAAUCUUGAGUUGGUGUACCAUAGAAAUGAACCCACCAGCUGCCCUCUCUCUGGCUGGGCCAGGCUUUUCCUGGCCUUUCUGGUGCCUUGGGAGACAACCUGGCUUAAAUCUAAGUUACUUUACAGAGCUGUGACAUGAUGUCACCCUAGAGAACCUUGGACUCACUUCCCCCAUCCAGUCUCAGAGCAGUGCAAGCUUGCAAUCUGUUCUUGGACCUUGCCCAGCGCAGCCACAGCUUGAGGUCCCAGACACAUGGAGGAAAGUGGCCUCCUGGGUUAGAAUGAAUUAGCCUUGUUGGAUGCCCAGUGUUGCCUCUGUGGGGAGGCUUCCUAAGAGCUACGUGUGCUUUCUCUGUGCCACCAAGUGCCUGUGGGGAUCACGUAAGGCCAGGCCUCCUAACCACAGUCCCUAAGCCUUCUAUUUUCACCCACUCCCAUCUCCCUGGAAACAUUACCAGCCAGUAGGCUCCAUGGACCUCAUGCCAAUGGCCUCUAGGAUAGUCCUUGGAAUACAAAACAAGGUUCUAACCUAGCCGUUUCUAGUACCUUGAGUACACAUUCCCCAUAGUACAGGUCGCCCUAGAGUGAGUGACUUCAAAGUGACAAUUUAUAGGACUCACCCCAAUACACAUCAUCCACAUAGCCCAGUUGUCACCCUGGGCUUUGUUGGGUGACCCAAAGCCCCAGCUUCAGGUUGGCCUUUGAGGUGCCCCCUGCCCAGGUCCCCACAGGGCCAUGCAUGGGUGGAUGGGGGGAAGAACCUGACCUACCUCCCCUUGCUGUGCCCAUGUGCUGUUUGCCAGGGUCCAGACCACCAGGCAAAUGUCCCUCAAAGGCUUGUAAAACCACCACUUCACUUCUGGAACUUUCUCUUAGGAAGCCAGCCCCUUUCUGUCCGCCCCGCACUCUGGUUGGAAUCUCCCUCAGGUUCACUUUGUUGUUAUUUUAAAAUGUGUAGAAAGGGGUUGAGAGCUGCCUGGUUCACCAUGGCCAGCCUCAGCUUCCUUGGACAGAGAAGACAGUUGGAGCCUGGCUUCAUCCUGUACUGCCUUAGCACUCUGCAUGUACCCAGGGAGCUUGCGUCUCCUGGCCACAGCCCCAGGCCAGGAAGAUAUUCAAUCCUUGAAGGUCUCUAUGUAUGUGUGUAUAUAAGUAUAGAUAGAUAUAUGUGCUUAGAUAUCUAUAUUUUUAUGGAAUUCUGUUAGAAAAAGUAAAGCGUAAGCAGAUAAUGUUGGUAUACCUUGAAGAAAUGGUCAGUCUUGGCAGUGGGAAAGACACCAAAUACAUUCUAAGCAUUCCCUCUCUGGGCAUGGGGGACAGGGCCCAGUACCUGACAGUGACCUGGGAAAUUGAAUAAAAGACUCUUGAAGGGGAAACAGGA